ACCUCGCUGCGAGGGCACGACCGGAAGCAGUUCGUUUCCCACGUUUUGCACGAGGGAAGGUCGCCUCUCGCGAGGGGGAAACGUGUGCACCUCGAAAACCACCGUACUGGCAAUUAUGGUACUUUGCCGUGGCCGAGAGAGCGAUUAAAUUCGCUAAAGCGAAAUAAGGCGUAAGAACAAGCCUGCCAUCCUCACGUCCUUAUACACGCCGCGACUCGUCCUUAUCCGCGCGACCCGUCUUCCAGAUCGAGUUAAAGGCUGCGUACACAGGACGAGAAAAAGUCUACACGAGACUGCCUUCAGUCGCGAUGUUGUCCUCCGUGAUUACUACUAUCAUCUUUCGCUUUUCUUGAUCCUGAUAUUUUACCGAGCAAAUUGCUUCAAAGUAAUUACUUGGAAAAAAGCAAACGAGUUGCCUUUUUCCGUUUAUUUUAAUAAUAAAAUGAUAGAAAUUACUUUAUUAUUCUGAUAAAAAUGAGUUAUUUUAGCAACUAGUAUCAUAUUCAAACUAACAUCAUAUUCAUAUUAAUACAUAUACAUACGUAUUAUACAGCACAUAUUCCAAUAAUCAUAAUUGCAACGAUGCGCGCGGAUCUUUCCUCGACAAAAAAUUCGACAUUGAUGUAUCUUCCUCCAGGUGACUCCCGGCGUAUCGUCGGCGCGUUAAAGAAUCGCGACGACAGGUGAUGAUGGGACGCUCGUCAGGAAGAGAACAGCACAGACCGCAGGAUCGCGCGGAUUAAGUGUAUGUUGCCAUGGCGAAGUGGAGAUGGGUGCUCCUGCUCCUGGCGACCUUCUGGACUCUGGGCGACGGAUAUCUGGCAGUGCUGCCGUCCAACACGCCCAUCGGCACCGUCGUCUUCGAGGCCGGGGUGCCGCAAUUGGGCGGUCGUCGCAAGUACGAGGCGUCCGGCGAGCGCACCGCCUGGUUUGCCCGAAAGCUCCUCAAGGUCCAUCCGCAUACAGGUCGCGUGACCCUGGCGAGAACGCUCAGCUGCGAUGGCCUUCAAUAUCCACGCGUCUUCACCUUCUACGUCGACUCGACGAGCUCUCGUCUCGGUAGACCCACCAUCGAUUACUACAGUUUACCACUAAGGAUCUUGAUUACUGGAUGUGGCGGAGAAAAUCGUGAUCUGGCAGCCACCAGGGGCUGGAUGGCGGAAACUCUGGCUUCUUAUGCGAUGCCUAGCACAGACAGGUUCACCGAGGUGUGUCUGCGGACGUCUCAAUUAGUGGCAGCCCUCCGCGAUUUUCUACCGCAGACAGCAUUGAAAGAGUGUGAAACGAGAUGGGGUGGGGUGGCGGACCCCAGGUUCCUUGUGGAGGGUGCCGCUGGGGACUUGGUUUCCGCCACCGAACAAUGCUUGGUCGAUCCGUUGUGGAAGGUCUCGGUCAGCAUGAACCUACGUUGCACCGGCGACUCGCGUUUAACUGAUGCCGAACAUCGGCUGAAGAUCGUAUUCCAUCACCGUCAGUUGGAUGAUACCGAUCUAGGUAGGAGGGUGAGACGAGAACUCAAGAACCAGUCGCCGUACUUUGAACAGCCGCUCUACGUCGCCGCGGUGGAAGAAGAAAAGGAUCCGGGGAUGUACGUGACUUCGGUGAGAGCUAGAGAUCCCGAGAACGGUGCCGUACGGUACUCCAUGAGUUCGCUGAUAGAUGCGAGAUCGCAGGCAUUAUUGGCUCUCGAUCCAGUGACCGGAAGAGUGACAACACGUGCUAGAUUGGAUAGAGAAAACGUCGACGUGCAUUAUUUUCGAGUGUUGGCGGUGGACGACUCGUUUCCCCCACGCACAGGCACUACGACUCUUCAAGUUAAUGUGUUGGAUGCAAACGACCAUGCGCCCAGUUUUGAGUGGCCGGAAUACGAUGCGUCGGUACGUGAGGGUGUUCCUGUGGGUUCCACAGUGGUUACGGUUAAGGCCACGGAUCAAGAUACAGGAAGAAAUGCCGAAGUCGAGUACUCUAUUAUUUCCACUAUGACGAGUACCACGUACACAGAGGACGGAGCAACCUUUAGAAUCGACCCCAGAUCCGGCGUGGUGACCACGCGAACCGCACUUGACCGCGAACAUACCGAGAUCUACACGGUGGUGCUUAGCGUUACCGAUCAAGCGACACCACCCUCGGCUCGACGUAGCGCGAACGCAACAUUAGUAGUACGUGUGCUGGACGAUAACGACAAUUAUCCACAGUUCACCGAGCGCACGUAUUCAGCGGCUGUACCGGAAGAUCUGGAUUACACAACGAAUCCAGUAGUGGCGCGUAUCAGAGCAACGGACGCGGAUGCCGGCGCUAACGCGGCUAUUCGCUACGCGAUCAUCGGCGGCAACACGCAAAACACUUUCUCGAUCGACUCGAUGAGUGGCGACGUUGCUCUCGUCAAGCCGCUCGAUUACGAAUCCACCAGAAGUUACAAGAUCGUCAUACGCGCUCAGGACGGUGGCUCCCCUGGCCGUUCUAAUACUACCCAGCUUUUGGUGAUGGUCAGGGAUGUGAAUGACAACGCACCACGAUUCUAUACUAGCCAUUUUCAAGAAUCGGUGUCAGAAAACGUACCAUUAGGAUACUCGGUGCUGCGGGUACAGGCGUACGAUGCCGACGAGGGUAACAACGCGCUUAUCAAAUAUACCAUCGGCGCACGCGAUUUCACCGGCGCCUCCACAGAAAAUUUUCCCAUUACUGUUAAUGCGGAGACCGGUUGGAUCUACACGACGAAGCAAUUAGAUCGCGAACAAUGUUCAAGAUACCAAUUUACUGUGAUCGCAGCGGAUUCCGGUGACGAACCAAAAUCUGCGAGUGCAACUGUAAUUCUCACGGUGACCGAUGUGAACGACAACGAUCCUUAUUUUGAACCAAAAAAUUACGAGACCGUGAUAUCCGAGGACGAUCCGCCUGGUACUCCGGUUGCCUCGGUGACUGCCACCGAUCCGGAUGAGGACGCUAGGAUUCACUACGAGAUUACAGGCGGCAACACGCGCGGACGCUUUUCCAUCGCGUCGCAAAACGGCUGCGGUCUCAUCACCGUCGCUCAGCCACUUGACUAUAAGCAGGAGAAACGGUUUGUACUGACGGUGACGGCGUCAGAUAGCGGCGGCCGCACUGACACCGCUCUAGUCUAUGUCAAUGUGUCGGAUGCCAAUAACUAUUCUCCGGUAUUCGAGAACGCACCGUACUCGGUCUCGGUAUUCGAGGACGCGCCGAUCGGCGUGACCGUCCUGGUGGUGAGUGCCACCGAUUCUGACGUCGGCAAGAACGCUCAGAUCACAUACAGCCUGGCGACGGACAGCGGCGAGCAAGUGGUCACCGAAUUUACCAUCAAUUCACAGACCGGUGCGAUCACGACAACUAAAGCGCUCGAUCGUGAACUAGUACCCUCGUAUUUGUUGACGGUGACUGCUCGGGAUGGUGGGAUACCGCCGUUGUCGGAUACCACCGAUGUAGAGAUCUCCGUCACAGAUGUGAACGACAACGCACCAAUUUUCGAAGCGCCGCAAUAUCAGGGCUCAAUUCCUGAGGAUGUUUUAGUGGGAACCAGCGUGCUAAGAGUUGCAGCAACUGAUGCAGAUACCGAUCUCAAUGGCCGGGUGAGAUACGCUUUAGAGGAUGAUGGCGAUGGCGCGUUUGCGAUUGAUUCCACGACAGGCAUCAUUAGAACUGCGAAACCGCUCGACAGAGAAUCGGUAGCACGUUACAUUUUGAAAGCCGUCGCCAUAGAUCGCGGCUCACCUGCACUCUCAUCCGUUGUUCCUGUCACCGUCAAAAUCGAAGACAUCAAUGAUUCGCCGCCCGCUUUUGAAAACGAUAAGAUUAUUUUAUACAUCGCUGAAAAUUCACCGAUUGGCUCGACUGUCGGUGAAAUUUAUGCUCACGAUCCAGACGAGGGUCCUAAUGCACAAGUGCAGUACAGCAUCAUCGGUGGCGAGGAUUCCAACAGUUUCUCUCUGCGCAUUCACCAGGGCGCCGAUCGUGCCGAGUUGAUCACUCAAGAGGAACUUGAUUACGAAUCACCAAAGAAGAAGUUUGAACUCGUGAUACGAGCCGCGUCUCCGCCGCUACGCUCAGACGCGAUGGUACAGAUUCUAGUAACCGACGUGAACGACAAUGCGCCAGUGCUCAAGGACUUUCAAAUAAUCUUCAACAACUUCAAAGAUUUCUUCCCAACCGCGCCGAUCGGCCGGAUACCGGCGGUAGACGCCGAUGUGACGGACAAUCUCGUCUACAGUAUCCUCGCCGGCAACAACGCGAAUCUGAUCGAGCUCAAUAAAACUACCGGUGAGAUCCGGUUGUCGCCGCAACUCAAUACUAACGUACCGCGAGUAGCAACCAUGGAGGUCGCCGUGACGGACGGCAUCAAUGAGGCGAAGGCUACAAUGACAUUAUCGGUGCGUCUAAUCACUGACGAAAUGUUAUUAAAUUCGAUCACUGUGAGAUUGGACGACAUGACGGUGGAGGCAUUUCUCAGUCCUCUUCUGGGUUAUUUUCUAGACGGCCUAGCAGCCAUCGUUCCGUGUCCACGCGAGAACAUCUUUCUCUUUAGCGUUCAGGAAGACGCGAACGUGCACGGCAAAAUCCUAAAUGUGAGUUUCUCGGCACGCAGAGUCGAGCCAGGUACGGUCGACGAAUUCUACAGUCCGCAGUUUCUUCAGGAACGGGUAUAUCUCAAUCGUGGUAUCUUGGCGAGAUUGUCGACCGUCACCGUUCUGCCUUUCGACGAUAAUCUCUGCGUCCGCGAGCCCUGCUUAAAUUUCGAAGAGUGUCUGACAGUGCUCAAGUUUGGUAACGCGUCCGGUUUCGCCAGCAGUGAUACGGUUCUUUUCCGGCCAAUCUAUCCGGUGACUACGUUCGCAUGCAGAUGCGCUCGCGGCUUCACCGGCAGUCGUGAGGCUUACAUGUGCGACACCGAGGUGAAUCUGUGUUAUUCGAAUCCCUGCGUUAACGGCGGUACCUGCCACAGACGAGAGGGCGGAUACUCGUGCACCUGCCGACCGGAUUUCACCGGCAUGAACUGCGAGAUUUCAUUGUACGGCGAUACCUGCUGGCCUGGCAUCUGUAAGGGUGGCUCUCAAUGUGCCGUAAAGAACACCGGCGGUUUCACUUGCGAGGGUUGCCCCGUAUCCGCUCUGGAGAGUGUAACACCUCUCUGUGAGCUGAGGGCGCGUAGUUUCGGUCCGGCAACAUUUCUUACCUUUGCUUCACUCAGGCAACGUCAUCGUCUUCAUCUCAGGCUAAAAUUUGCCACUGAGCUAGCCGAUGGCCUGUUACUCUACAACGGCAGAUAUAACGAACGUCAUGACUUCAUUGCCUUGGAGAUCAUAGAUUCGCGCGUACAAUUCAGCUUUUCUCUCGGUGACGAAGUGACGAGAGCAACGGCGAGUAUUCCCGGCGGUGUCUCGGACGGUCGAUGGCACGAAGUUGUGGUCUCGUAUAUCAAUCGGACGGUGACGGUGUCUCUGGACGACUGCGACGUCGCACUCGCUCUAAAGCACGGAGAGAGACUAGGUCCGAGAUGGGCUUGUGCCGACAGGAAUGAGAGGGUCCUUGAGGAACGUUGCGGACUCGUUACCGAGACCUGUCACAGAUUUCUGGAUUUAACCGGACCGUUGCAGUUGGGCGGUUUGCCAGCAAUCCCAUCCAGCUUUCAGAUUCGAAAUAAAGAUUAUGUCGGAUGCAUCAGUGAUCUCUACAUCGACCAUAUUUUCGUUGACUUGAAUUCUUUUGUGGCUGACAAUGGAACGAACGCCGGUUGCCCCGAAAAAGCUGCCUUUUGUGCCUCUUCGCCUUGCAGAAACGAUGGCAAAUGUCGCGAGAUCUGGUCAGGUUUUGUAUGCGAGUGCGAACACAGCUUCGCUGGUCCUACCUGUGCCGAAGAAAUUGGCGCACCGUACGGUUUCCACGGCGACGGCAUGCUCGGCUUCAAUCCAUUACUGCGACCUAUCCAGCUGCCAUGGACGACGGCGCUGAGUCUUCGAACCCGCACACAACAGGCAUUUGUCAUGAGCGUGCAGAUAGGCCAGAAUAGCUCGGUCUUGUUAGAGAUUCGAGAGGGCAAGCUAGUUGUCUCACUGGACGGUGCUGACGUAAUCCGAACUGGAGGUACUGUUGCAGACGGCGAGUGGCAUCGCGUGGAAAUCGUCUGGCAGAGCGGUCAUGUAUCUCUAGACACGGAUUAUCGCGAUCGGCCUGUGACUGUGCCGUUACCAGCCAAAUUGCAGGGCCUGUAUGUCGGCAGAAUCCUCGUAGGUGGUCCAGAUCAAGCGAUCAACAUUGAUCUACCGUCUUUCGACGGCUGCUUACAAGAUGUACGAAUUGGUACAAAUCAAAGCGUUCUUCAGCGACCGACCGUCCAAGAGAACGUUGAUGCUGGUUGCCCUUCCGAGACUCAAUGCACGUCAGAAUGUCCGCAAGCCUCACUCUGCGUUGCACGAUGGCGGUCGAGCGAAUGUGUGUGCGCGGCUGGUCGUGUCGGUCGUGACUGCGAACGUGUCUGCGAUCUUGAACCCUGCAACGAUGCCGGUACUUGUAUCGAAGACGUGAUCGAGGCACGGCGCGGUUAUCGAUGUGAAUGCGAUUCUGCCGAUAUAUCUGGAGAUUACUGUGAGAUAAAGGGCGAGCAACCGUGUCCAGCGACAUGGUGGGGUUCUCCAAUUUGUGGACCUUGCCACUGCGAUGAAAAUAAAGGCUAUGAUCCUGCUUGCAAUAAGACUACCGGCGAAUGCCAUUGCAAGGAGAAUCAUUAUCAGCCAAACGGACGGAAGGAGUGUAUACCGUGCGAAUGUUAUGCAACUGGUAGCUUUGGGCCUCGCUGUGACAGCGAAACUGGUCAAUGUCGCUGUCGGACUGGGGUGAUCGGUCGUUCAUGCACCGAUUGCCCCAAUCCUUACGCCGAGGUAACUCUGAGAGGUUGUGAAGUAGUCUACGAUGGAUGUCCCAGAUCAUAUUCGGAUGGUUUAUGGUGGCCGCGGACUCUCUUUGGAAUGACAGCCGUCGAGGAUUGUCCUGGCACCGCCGAAGGCAAGACUUCAAGAUCCUGCGACGAUAAGCUUGGCGGUUGGCAAUCACCCGAUCUCUUUAACUGUACAUCGGAAGUCUUCGUCGAGCAUCGACAUCAACUAGCGGCUUUGGAGACCAAAGAUCUUACUCUAAAUACAUACGUGGCUGUGAAGAUGGCGAAGGAUAUUCACAGGGCAGUGAAUAUUACAAGAGAAAUGUAUGGAGCAGAUCUUUUAGUAGCGGAAUCUUUAUUGGUGGCGUUGCUGCGUUACGAAGAAAGUCUAGUAGGUCUGAAUUUAACUCACAGCCAGGACAAAGAUUACGUCUCUCAUUUGGUCGGUAUAGCUGGAGCGAUUUUACGAUCCAAGUACAAAGAGAAAUGGGAAAAAAUAGGAGAGCUCAACGGAGAUAGUCCUGAUAAGAUUCUGGACGCUAUGGCAAAAUAUCUGAAGACUUUAACUGCAUCUCAACAUGACACUUUCACCAAUCCCUUUGAAGUAGUCGACAAUAAUGUUGUAUUAGGUUUAGACAUCGUAACAUCAGAGAGUCUCUUUGGCUACGAAGCCGCCGAAUAUAAGGAAGAUCUCACCUUAUCAACAGCAAGACCAACGGAAGCCGAUCGAAAGGUCGUUUUGCCCGACACUUCCGCCUUUCUCAGCUCUUCAACGCAUUUUGGUCCAUCCAUUAGCUUUCCAAAAUACAACAACUACAUGGCUGAUCCUAAUAGAUUCGAUCCACACUCAAAGAUCCAGAUGCCACUCAAUACAUUAGGUAUCAAACCUCUUAUGCAGGGUGAGCUAAAUGUCAAGAACAGCCUGAAUAAUCGGAAAGCAGUGUUGAGUUAUGUGCAGUAUAAAGAACUUGGCUCUCUCUUACCACAGAGAUUCGAUGAUUCGGUGGCAAUUAGAUGGGGAGUAGAAGUAGCAGUUGGAUCGCCUGUAAUGACCGUUUCGGUGUUAGUUCCGUCAGAUAACGGUUACGAAUCCUUGACAGGAAUUCCAUUGCAAUCGCCGGUUCAAGUCAGACUUUGGCUUAAUGAAAAUAAUGAUUUCAAGACCAGAACGAAUCCACAAUGCGUUCAUUGGAGUACGGCAAGAGGAGUCGGCGAAUGGAGUCGAAUGGGCUGCACUACAGAAAUCGAGGAUAAUUCUCUGUCUUUUGGCACUAUUGUAAACUGUUCUUGCAUGCAAUUAUCCACCUUUGCUAUAUUGACGGAUGUCCUCGAUCUCGAAUAUGUUCCCGAGCCAUCCUUGCUGGAGGAUGUAACCAGUUACAGCGCAUUUAUGCUUGCCUUGCCACUGUUAUUAUCCGCUCUCCUAAUAUUGGCGCUAAUCCGCGGCGGAGGCACCAACUCCAACAGCAUUCAUAAAAAUUUGGUGCUAUGCGUUUUUGUGGCGGAAAUCUUGUACCUAAUUGCACUCAAGGCUAGAAGUCCUCUUAUUUCCAAUGAAUUUCCAUGCAAACUCACGGCGAUAGGACUUCAUUACGCUUGGUUGAGCACCUUUGCCUGGACUCUCGUAGAUUCUGUUCAUCUUUAUCGGAUGCUGACAGAAAUGAGAGAUGUGAACCACGGCCAAAUGAGAUUUUAUUACACUAUGGGAUACGGUUUGCCAGCUGUCAUUGUUGGACUUACUAUCGGCGUCAGGGCCGAUCAAUAUGGAAAUUUCUAUUUCUGCUGGCUAUCCAUCUAUGAAACUGUGAUCUGGUCGCUAAUAGGACCCGUUUGCGUGGCCGUACUAGUGAAUUUUUGCAUUCUCGUGAUGUGUAUUCGCGCAGCGUUUACUUUGAAAGAACACAUUAUGGGCUUUGGAAAUCUGCGAACGCUUCUAUGGCUUUCUGUGGCUUCGCUACCCUUGCUAGGAUCGAUGUGGACUCUAGCAGUUCUGAAUGCAUCGGAAAACUCGUCGACGCUAUCAUACUUACUGAGUGUCGCUAUCGUGAUUCACGCGUCGUUCAGUUUAAUCGGCUAUUGUUUCAUUAACGGCAGAGUGAGAAGAAAUUUGUAUCAGAGUCUGUUAAGGUGUAUCGGCAAAAAAACAUCUUUACUGGAAGGAAGCAUGGGCAACGGAAGUAGCAGUCAGAACGUAAACGGCCAUUCGCGUUCAGCACUAGCUUAUUCUUCAACCUAUGGCGGAGCAGAGUCCGUAUGUAAAAGAGUCCAUGUUGGCGUGUCCACGAGCAGCACAACAUCAAGAAGUACAAAUAAAACAGGCUCGAGUCCUUAUCGUAGCGAUACGCACUUGAGACAUACAUCAACGUCCACGAGCAACUACAAUAGCGAUCGAGAUCCGUAUUUGCCGUCGAGGAGUCAUCGAUCAGCAUUAAAUUCUCGACAAGAAUCUACAGAAACAAGAGGUCAGCGCAGAGAAUCAGAAUCAGAUUCCGACGGUUCACAAGCUGAAGGAGGCGGUAGGAGUUUGGAUCUUGCCAGUUCGCAUAGUUCCGAUGAGGAUGACGUCACAUCGAGGUCACAUAGAAAUAUGGGAGUAUCCACGCAGCAGCACGUCGCCCACAGCUACCUGCCCAACAUCCACACCAAUCCCGCUGAACAUUUGAACAUACUUUGUUCGAAUGCCGAACUGUUUCCCAACAUCAAACCUAUUUACGCUCCUCGAUGGAGUUCUCAAUUGCCAGAAGCAUACUUGUCAUCAAAUGUGAUGGACGUGCGAGGCAGUCAAUGGUCCGGCGGCACUAUGUCAGAUAACGAAAUGGCCUCGAAUAAAACCUCGAGCCCAAAUCCGCUGCCGUAUCCAGAGAUGAGUUCGCCACAAAAGAAUCAGCCAGAUGAGAAUUACUCGGAGGGUGAGGAGAAGGUGCACCAUCUGGGUGAGAAGUACCUGUUUCCUUAUACUGCCGAAGAAGACCAUACGGUGUCGCCUACUCCGUACAUGUUGUCCAUGUCGUCGCGCAUUCUCGCAUCUAGCAUGAGUCAUCACUCGCAGAAUUCGAAUCAUGAGAAUCUAAGCGGUUCCGAACAGCGUUAUGGCAGCCUGAAACGUGGUCAGAGCUUGCACGGUUCUCAACACGACAAUCUCAAUAGUUCCGAAAGAUACGGCAGCCUGAAACGCGGCAAAAUAGGCAACCCCUCGGUCUUGGACGAUAGGCCUGACUACAUCCUGCCGAUGAGCGGCAGGAUAUUAUCGAGCUCGUUGACUCACGAUCUACAGCAUAGCAACGAGUUAGCGGCAAUCAGGCAGCAACAGCAACAACAGCAAUAUGAGCAAACUAUCACUGAAACUGACGAGGAGGAAGGAUACUAAUGCGGAAACGUCCGUCUGACGAGAUCCGUGCCACAAACGAGAACAACGUACAAAGUAAUUUAGCUUAUGCCUAGCUUAAGUGUCCAACGCGCAAUAAAGACUCGAACAAUCGUCGUUAUAUAUAUUUUAAGAAGCGGCCAUGACUGUACUUACAUACUUAGCCAUAUUAAUUAGCGUGUAUGUGUGAGUGCCUGUUUAUAUAUUACAGAUGAAAGGUCUAUCAGAGUAAUUUCAAAGAGAUAAUUGUCACAUUAAAAUAUAUUCCAAUAAUCUAACAUAACUAUAUCAAACACACACAC